GCUCACCCUCCACGGCGCCCGAUCUCCCCUGUCCCCGCAGGACUGGCCAUGGAGCGCGAGGUCCAGCGGGUUCGCGCGGCGUUCGGGUCCGGCCGCUCGCGCCCCCUGACGUUCCGGCGGCGGCAGCUCGAGGCCCUGCGCGCGAUGGUGCAGGAGCGCGAGAGGGACAUCCUGGCGGCCAUUGCCGCCGACCUGAGCAAGAGUGAGUUCAACGCAUACAGUCAAGAAGUCAUCACCGUGCUUGGGGAGAUCGAUCUCGUGCUGGAGAAGCUUCCUGAAUGGGCUGCUGCUAAGCCAGCCCAGAAGAACCUGCUCACCAUUCUGGACGAGGCGUACGUCCAGCCAGAGCCCCUGGGGGUCGUGCUGGUUAUCGGAGCUUGGAACUACCCCUUUGUCCUCACCGUCCAGCCUCUGAUAGGGGCCAUCGCUGCAGGAAAUGCUGUGAUUAUCAAGCCUUCUGAAGUAAGUGAAAAUACAGCCAAGGUCUUGGCUAAGCUCCUCCCUCAGUACUUAGACCAGGACCUGUACGCGGUUGUUAAUGGUGGCAUCGAGGAAACCACGGAGCUUCUGAAGCAGAGAUUUGACCACAUUCUCUAUACGGGAAACACCGCUGUGGGAAGAAUUGUCAUGGAGGCCGCCGCCAAGCAUCUGACCCCGGUGACCCUUGAACUGGGAGGGAAGAGUCCGUGUUACGUUGACAAGGACUGUGACCUGGACGUCGCCUGCAGACGCAUCACCUGGGGCAAGUACAUGAACUGCGGCCAGACCUGCAUCGCCCCCGACUACGUGCUCUGCGAGCCGUCCCUCCAGGACCUGAUCGUGCAGAAGGUGAAGGAGGCCGUGAAGGAAUUUUAUGGAGAAAAUAUAAAAGAAUCCCCCGACUACGAAAGGAUCAUCAAUCUUCGUCAUUUUAAGAGGAUACGAAGUUUGCUUGAAGGACAGAGGAUAGCGUUCGGUGGGGAGACCGAUGAGGCCACACGCUACAUAGCCCCAACGGUACUCACUGACGUGGACCCUGAAACCAAAGUGAUGCAGGAAGAAAUUUUCGGACCAAUUCUUCCAAUAGUGCCUGUGAAGAAUGCAGAUGAAGCCAUACAAUUCAUAAAUGAACGCGAAAAGCCCCUGGCUUUCUACGUGUUUUCUCGUAACACUCAGCUCAUCAAGCGGAUGAUCGACAGGACGUCCAGCGGGGGCGUCACGGGCAACGACGUCAUCAUGCACUUCAUGCUCAGCUCCCUGCCCUUCGGAGGCGUGGGGUCCAGUGGGAUGGGAGCGUAUCACGGAAAACACAGCUUCGAUACUUUUUCGCAUCAGCGUCCCUGUUUAUUAAAAAGCCUGAAGCGAGAAGGCGCGAACAAGCUCCGGUACCCUCCCAACAGCCAGUCGAAGGUGGACUGGGCGAAGCUGUUCUUCCUGAAACGGUUCAACAAGGGGAGACUCGGGCUCCUGCUGCUGGCGCUCCUGGGCAUCCUGGUGGCGGCGCUCGUGAAGGCUGGGUGCUGCUGAAGAGUGAUCCGCGCUGCCUCCUCGUCCUCUCUACU